UUUGUUUUGUGUGUUUUGAUCGUUUCGUGUGUAAAUAUUGCUGCUGCUGAGGCCGGAACUAAGAGAUUCAUGUGGGAAGUGCGCUACGAGUACAGGCCGCCAGAUUGCAUCAAGAAAUUGGUGAUCACCAUUAAUGGAAGAAGUCCAGGGCCAACCAUUGUGGCUGAGCAGAAUGACACCAUUAUUAUUGAGCCUAAGAACGGCUUGGUAACUGAGAAUGUUGCAGUCCAUUGGCAUGGAAUUCGACAGAUUGGAACUCCUUGGUUCGAUGGCACAAAAGGAGUCACUUAAUGUCCAAUUCUUCCCCGAGAAACACUCACUUACCAAUUUAUUGUUGACAAGCCUGGAACAUAUAUGUACCAUGCUCAUUAUGGGAUGCAAAUGGAAGCUGGUCUAUAUGGAUCCAUUCAAGUGAGACUUCCUAAAGGACAAGCUGAACCAUUCGCUUAUGAUUAUGAUCAAAGCAUCAUCCUGAACGAUUGGUACCACAAAAGCACUUGGGAACAAAUCACUGGCUUGAAAUCUAUACCAUUCACUUGGAUUGAGGAGCCUCAGUCACUUCUGUUAAACGGAAGAGGAAGAUACAACUACUCUCUUUUUACCUACCCAGCCAUAAAUAUUACAAGUGUUUGUAAUUAUUUAAAUCCUGAAUGUUCUCCUUAUACGUUAAAAGUUACCCCUGGCAAAACUUACAGGUUAAGGAUCUCUAGCUUGGCUGCUCUGUCAGCCCUCAGUUUCAAGAUUGAGGCCUCAAAUAUGACUGUUGUUGAAGAAGAUGGGCACUAUGUGGAGCCACUUGUGGUACAAAACUUGAACAUAUGCUCGGGAGAGACCUACUCGGUCCUGAUAAAAACUGACCAAGACCCUUCAAGAAACUAUUGGAUGACAACCAAUGUUGUGGCCAGAAAUGCCACAACUCCACUAGGAAUAGCCAUUCUCAAUUACCAGCCGAACCGACGCAUAGCAGCUCCUUCCACAGUUGCACCCCAUGGCCCUCUUUGGAGCAACAUUGCUCCCCGCCUUAACCAAGGAAUAGCCAUCAAAGCCCGCCAGGGCUUCGUCAACCCCCCAACCCCGACCGCAGACAAAACGAUUGUUCUUCUCAACACACAAAAUCUUGUCGAUGGCUAUUACCGUUGGUCUAUCAACAAUGUCUCACUCAACUUGCCUCACACACCUUACCUUAUAGCUCUCAAGGACAACAUAUCUAAUGCAUUCGAUCAUCCACCUCCUGAAGGAUUUGAUUUAAUUUAUAAGAAUCAAUCACCACAAAUACUUAUUUUUUCUAGUUUAAAAAUUGAAAAAUGUGAUGGACCUCUUGAACAUCGGGAAUUUAUUCCAGUUACCACAUUUGUGAUUUACCUGGCUCAUUGGGCUUGUAGGGUGAUGAAUCUCUUAAACAUUGAGGAUUUAGUCUGGUUACCACAUUUGUGA